AGCAAUGCCAUUCCAAACACAGCACAACACAACACAACGACGAACUCGCAGUCGCAGGAAGAGAGAGAGAGAGAUGUCUCUGGUAGACUACGCCUCUUCUUCCGACGAAGACGCUCCCGAGGUUGAUGAAGAAGGAGAAGAGGAGCGGAAGGAGAAAGUAGAGAGAGCUGAAGCCCCGAAGCUGGAGCCUUCUCCUCCGCCCCCUGUUCUUCCUCAGAAGCGGACAGCGCCUCCUGCAUCGAAUCAGCAGGAAGAGAACAUAGCUCAUUCAAUGAUGACUUCUGUUGAGAAACUUCCCGAUGUUUCUCUUCUGCUGAAUAGUCCUACUCUUUCAUCAACUGUGUCAAGUGGUGGUGAUCAUGCUUCUCGAGUCGCGGCGGCUAUGGCUGAAAGUGCUUUACGAAAGAGAGAUUCUAAUGCUCCGUCUUCUUCUGCACCCCGCAGCAAAGUUCCCAGAGGGACAUUGCCCCACACAAAGAAUGUGCCCGACACUGGUGGUGGUUUACUAGUUCCGCCCCAGCUUAGUGGAAGGAGCAACGUGGUCACCGAAGAUAUAAGCAAGUUAUUUGCUAGACGACAUACAGAUCCUUCAUCUGGCUAGGAAGAUUCACAAACAGAUGCCGGUUUCUAAUCCUGUUUGAUUUGUACCUUUAGAACACGGGAAUGGAUAGUAUGUCAUGAGAGACGAGACAUCACCAUGUAAAGAAAUCCGAAGAACUUUGGCAAUCUUAUCUCAUGUGAUGUCUGUUGUAUUGUUGUGAGAGGGGCUCAGUGUAUACAUUGCAUGCUCAUUGGAAAUGCAAACUUUCUGCUUUGUCGGGCAGGAGUGUUUAUUUAUUCUUUA